AAGUCGUAUGCUGACCGAAGCCUCCAGAACCAAGGAUUACCCCGAGGGACGAACACCGUGAUUCGAAACCAGAUUCUCAUUCCGCACGUAAUCGAGCAGACCGGGCGUGGGGAACGCGCCUACGACAUCUAUUCCCGACUGCUCAAGGACAACAUCGUCUUUAUCGGGCAAGAGAUCAGCGAUGAACUCGCGAACACCGUGGUCGCCCAACUCCUGUUCCUCGAGUCCGAAGACCCGGAAAAAGAAGUCUCGCUCUACAUCAACUGCCCGGGUGGCUCCGUGAGUGCCGGCCUCGCGAUCUACGACACACUGCAGUUCAUUCGACCGGACGUGACCACCUAUUGCCUCGGUCAGGCGUCCAGCAUGGGAGCGAUCCUGCUCGCCGCCGGAGCCCGCGGAAAGCGAUUCGCGCUCCCGAACGCCACGAUCAUGAUCCACCAGCCGCUCGGCGGCGCCCGGGGACAGGCGACGGACAUCCAGAUCCAGGCCAAUGAGAUCAUGCGGGUCCGCACCCGCCUCACCGAAAUCCUCGCCCACCACACCGGCCGUUCGUCGGAAGAGAUCGCGCGCGACAUCGAACGGGACCACUACAUGACCGCGGAGGAAGCGAAGGCCUACGGGGUCGUGGACACCGUCAUCGAGCACCGCUAG